CGGAUACGGAUACAGAUAAUUCAUAUGGUUAACAGAUACAGAUACAGAUAAUGCUGUACUCGCUCAUCCCUAGUCCCUAGGUUCAUGCUGCUCACUGACAUCAUAUAAGCUGAGCCUCUGGUGAGGCAGGUGAAGAAGACUUGCAUCAAAAGAGAAGACUUUCACAUCCUGAGAGUGAUUGAUCGUGGCACAUUCAGUGAGGUUGCUGUAGCAAGGAUGCAAAGCACACAACAAGUGUACGCUGUGAAGAUUAUGAAUAAGUGGGACAUGCUGAGGCAAGGAGAGACAGCAUGUUACCAGGAAGAGAGGGAGGUUUUACUGAGGGGUGACAGAAGCUGGAUCACAGAAUUGCACUAUGCCUUUCAGGAUGACAACUAUCUGUACCUGGUAAUGGAUUAUUACGUAGGAGGGGACCUGCUGUCUCUGAUCAGUAAAUUUGGAGACAGGAUCCCUGAGGACAUGGCUCAGUUCUACCUGGCAGAGAUGGUCAUGGCCAUUGAAUCUGUCCACAAACUGGGUUAUGUGCACAGAGACAUCAAACCUGACAACAUCCUGCUGAUAGCUGAUGGAAACAUAAGACUUGGGGACUUUGGCUCCUGUCACAGGCUCUUAGAUGAUGGGAUGGUUCACUCUUCCCUAGCAGUCGGGACCCCUGACUAUUUGUCCCCGGAGAUUUUAAGAGCAGUAGAGGGAGGUGGAGGUUAUGGUCCUGAAUGUGAUUGGUGGGCUCUGGGUAUUUGUGCCUAUGAAAUGCUGCUUGGGACCACACCCUUCUACGCAGAGUCCACCUCUGAAACAUAUGCCAAGAUUAUUCAUUUCAAGGAGUAUUUUGUGUUCCCUCCCGCUGGGCUGGAGAUUUCAGAUAAGGCUCAUUCAUUCAUCACUGGGCUAAUCUGUGAGAGGGAAAUCCGUCUGGGGAGGAAAGGCUCCAGUGACUUCAGGAGCCAUCCAUUCUUCUGUGGAAUAGACUGGAAUUCCCUGAAUCAACUCUCUGCACCAUUCCUGCCUGAUGUAUCUAAUGCUACAGACACCUACAACUUUGACAUUCUAGAUGACUCUCUUAGCGAAAUGGAGCCACUCUCUGAUGUAAUGAAAAGAGCACCAAAGGGAGUACACUUGGCUUUUGUCGGAUAUUCUUACACAGCUACCAGUCAAACAGGUGGCAUUGACCGCAGUCACAACAUCAUGAUGCAGAUUGACCACACAAGGCUCAAGGAGCGUGAUAGACUGUACACACAAGAGAAAGUGAGCCAGCUGUUGCAUCUCACCGAUGCUCUGCCAGACAACAUGCCUGCAUUGCUGAAGCUCCCACUCACUCCAAAGCAAAGUCGUACUUUGUCCACCCAAACAACCACUGAGGAGGAGGAGGGGGAAACUGACAAAAUAUCAGAUCUUGAAGAAGAGUUGCAGCGAUGAAGAACUGCAGCACCUGAUGUCCUCAGCAGCAACAUGGUGGAGAUCUGAUUUGAUACACUUUAGAUAAGAACCCAGUGUUUUAUAUUUCUG